CAAAUGCAUAACCUUCGUAUACGGAUAUCCGGCCACCCGCAUUCGGCAAGGAAGAAAUUUGUCUGCACGUGUUACACAAAAUCUUUCUUAAAAAUCUUCGGAUAAACUCCCAAAAAGUAACCCAGUCUCUGUGGUUGUAAUAGCUUCUGCUUUUUAUUUGAAAAGUUGGUAAGACACAGUCUGCCUUAUUCGCCAAGAUGUUCCUGCAGUUCUACUUGAACGAGAAUGGGGAUAGAAUCUACACUCUAAAGAAGUCGGACCCUACUGGGCAGCCCACUAGCUCGGCCCAUCCGGCCCGCUUCUCCCCGGACGACAAGUUCUCCCGGCACCGCGUGACUAUCAAGAAACGGUUCAAUCUUCUCCUGACCCAGCAGCCCAGACCCAUCCUGUGAACGCGAGACUGAUGGAUGGAGUGUAUUAAUGGACUAUUGAUUAGCUAUUGGUCGUUGUUGAUGGACGACCUAUUAUUUUUCCCGCACUAAUGUGCCUUUGGGGAAAGUAGUGGGAUGGACGGUCAUUGGCGAUGCAAUAGUUCUGUUGAAAUUAUUGGUGAUGAAGUGCCACUCUAUAGGCCCUCUAGACACCCUUUAUCAUUUCCCAAACCCUUGAACAUUGCUUUUAUUUUAGAAGGUGUCAUUUGUUUACUUGUGCUGUUAUACAACACUUACACAUGACAGAACAUAUUGACAACUUAUUGUAAUUUCUUUAAUACAUCUUGGGGAAUUUCUAAUUAGUUUCCGAAUAUGACAUUGGUUUGGAAUGAAAUGAGCAAUAAAUGAGUAAAAAGACAA